AUGAGUUUCGAAAAUGUUCAAAAUUAUUCCGAAUUAGUCACUGGAUCGUCUCCUACAACCAACAAUUUUCAAGAAUCGUGGAAAAUUUUGGAUUUGCAAAACGAAACCCGUCCCACAAACUGUCAUAACCACCUGGACCUUUCAAACUUGACUUUUUACACCAACACCAGUGACACUGACGCUCGCAUUUUUGGAACUCAGUGUAACAUCGAGAAAAACUGGUCUGCGCUGUUGAUUCUGUUCGUGAUUGCCGUGACCGUCAUGGGGAACAUUCUGGUGAUUCUGGCCGUGUCUUUGGAGAAAAAACUACAAAACGCCACAAACUACUUCCUGAUGUCGUUAGCGGUCGCCGACAUGCUGCUCGGAAUCCUGGUGAUGCCCGUCUCCAUGGUGACCAUCCUCUACGAUUACUCGUGGCCGCUCCCGUCGGUGCUGUGCCCCGUGUGGAUCUACCUGGACGUUCUCUUCUCCACGGCGUCCAUCAUGCAUCUGUGCGCCAUCUCUCUGGACCGCUACAUCGCCAUCAGGAACCCGCUCCACCACAGCCGCUUCAACUCCCACACCAAGGCCCGCGCCAAGAUCACCGCCGUCUGGACCAUCUCCAUCGGUAUCUCCAUGCCCAUCCCGGUCCUCGGCCUCCGCGAUCACUCCAAAGUCUUCAAAGACGGCAGCUGCCUGUUGACGGACGACAGCUUCGUCCUGGUGGGCUCCUUCGUGGCGUUCUUCGUCCCCCUCACGAUCAUGGUGGUCACCUACUUCCUCACCAUCAACGCCCUGCAGAACGAAGCCACCUUAUGCUUGGACCAACUCGUACCCCGCCCGAAGUGGAGCACGACGUUCACUCUAAGCUUCCUCCCGCAAGCUUCGAUAUUCGAGAAGCUAUUCCGCCGAUCUUUAACUCGCGAAACUCAAAGCGGCAACGUUUCUGGACCGACUCACGGACGCCGGACGAUGCAGUCGAUCUCCAACGAACAGAAGGCGUCGAAGGUGUUGGGGAUCGUGUUUUUCCUUUUCGUGAUCAUGUGGUGCCCGUUUUUCAUCACAAACGUUCUCGUGGUCGUUUGCGAUUCGGAGAUGUGCGAUCCCAACUUGAUGUCGGGGCUCCUGAACGUGUUCGUGUGGGUGGGGUACCUGUCCUCCGCCGUGAACCCCCUCGUCUACACGUUGUUUAACAAAACCUACCGCGCCGCUUUUUUACGCUACGUGCGAUGCCGAUAUCACCCGGAGAAAAAGCCGCUCCAGCUGAUCCUCGUGAACACCAUACCCCCGUUGGCGUACAGUUCCACGCAGCUGCCGUUGGGCGACAUCGGAAAGUUACGCAACGGUGUAGGGACGUUUAGCGACGCCAAGAAGUUCAGGUUACCGGGGAGGCAGCAAGAAGACAGGAACGAGAGCAAAGUCUAA